CAGACCGCCGAGUCCGAAUCAUGACUUGAACUCACUGCUCGCUGCCAUUGCGGCCAACACAACUACUGCCGGCGCAGACGAACUACAUCGUUCCCAUCUAUACCUCAAGAGCCGACAAUCCUCGUCCUCUCCCACCAUGGAAGCCCGCCGUCCUCCAGAAUACUCCCUCUCCCUAACCGCCGACCGCUCCUCCGUCAAAGACAUAGUCAAAGGCAUCCUCCACACAAUCUUCUUCCACCGCUACUUCCCCCCUCUCACCCCCUCCACUCACGAAAUCCUCGACCUCACCCUCCCCUACGUCUCCGACCCCACCAUCUCCACCCUCAUCGAAACCCGCCUCACCACCCUCCUCCGCACCCUCGACUCUUCCCCCACCCCCACAACCGCGCACCUCUCCGUCUCCUUUCUCGAACGAAAACGCCGCAAGGGAUGGUUCGCGAGCACGACUUCCGAUGAAACGGUGUGGGAGACGUGGCAUAUCACAGUCGAAGUGGUGGCGACAGUGAGGAGUGAGGGCGAGAGGGAGAGGAUGAGGAGGGUGAUGGAGAAGGGACUCAGGGAGGCGGUGAUGAGGGUUGUGGAAGUGGUGAAUGCGGAGAGAGGGCAUAUUCCUCCGAUUACGACGAAUGAGACGAAUCCGUUCCCGUUUCGGGUUGUGGUUGAGGAGAGGGGUGGGGAGGGGUGGGGUGGACGGAUGGGGAUUUUUUGA